UCUGCUUCCGGGUCGGUGCCAUGGCGGUGGCAAAUUCAAGCCCGGUCAAUCCCGUGGUGUUCUUUGAUGUCAGCAUUGGCGGCCAGGAGGUUGGGCGCAUGAAAAUCGAGCUCUUUGCAGACGUCGUGCCAAAGACAGCCGAGAACUUUAGGCAAUUCUGCACUGGAGAAUUCAGAAAAGAUGGGGUUCCAAUAGGAUACAAAGGGAGUACCUUCCACAGAGUCAUAAAGGAUUUCAUGAUUCAGGGUGGAGAUUUUGUUAAUGGAGAUGGUACCGGAGUCGCCAGUAUUUACCGGGGGCCAUUUGCAGAUGAAAAUUUUAAACUUAGACACUCAGCACCAGGCCUUCUUUCCAUGGCAAAUAGUGGCCCCAGUACAAAUGGCUGCCAGUUCUUCAUCACCUGUUCUAAGUGUGAUUGGCUGGAUGGGAAACAUGUAGUGUUUGGGAAAAUCAUCGAUGGACUUCUGGUUAUGAGGAAGAUUGAGAAUGUUCCUACGGGCCCCAACAAUAAGCCUAAGCUGCCUGUGGUGAUCUCACAGUGUGGAGAGAUGUAGUCCAGAGCAAGACUGAAACAGAUGUGAGACAUCCCUACAGAGGAUAGUAGCACACAGGCUGAUCCUUCAUUCAUCCUACACUUAAGCUCGAAUAAUUAAGAGGGGGCCCUGCCACUAUGAGACUACAACUUGAAAAGUACUGCAUUCAAGGAACUCAUGGUGUUUAAGAAGACACAGUUACAGUGGCAUAAAGUAUUAGACUGGAAGGGGCCUCCCUGGUGAUGCAAAGGAUCAAGUCUCAGCACUAUGAAGCUAUCCUCAGCCACUGCAGCACUGAG